AUGCAUGAAGAACAUCGCCAGAAACUCAUCAAAUGUGCCGAGAGAUAUGCUGAAGCUCGACAAAUAGUUCUAUCUAUUCCGGGUACCUCAGUCAUCGAAGAUAUCCAAUAUGCGAUGUGUCUUAUCAACGAGGAACGUAAGGCCAAUACCUGGCCAGAUAAAUUCAAGCAAAAAUAUGAUUUAUCACUUGCAGAAUCUCCAAUAAAGGAAGCUUUAGUUGCGGCCAGAAUCCUGGAAGAAUUUUCAGACUUAAUAACAGUUUUACAUCGAGAUCUUAAUUACGAUUGGUGCUGGGCCGUUAAUCAAACUGGAAUUCUUAAUAAGGCUAUAGGAUAUGAUAAUAAUCUUGAAGAAUGCGACUCUAUGGAAGAAAAAGAAGAGCAAAAGAAACAACCAAUAGGCAAACCAGAUGUCGGCGGACCGUUCGAGUUACUUAAUCAAGAUGGAAAGCUCACGACUAACAACGAUUUUCGCGGGAAAUUCAUGCUUGUAUAUUUUGGUUUUACGCAUUGUCCCGAUAUCUGUCCCGAAGAGCUAGACAGGAUGUCUGAAGUCAUUGAUCGGCUAUAUAAUGAUAACGAAGUGGGUAAAGUAAUAGUUCCCAUUUUCAUUUCUUGUGAUCCUCAGCGUGAUACCGUAGAAGCAGUACGCGAAUAUCUAAAAGACUUUCACAAAGAUAUGGUUGGUCUGACAGGCACGUUCGAACAAGUUGCCAAAGUAGCAAAAGCCUACCGCGUUUACUUUAGCCGGCCGCCUGAUGUAAAAGAGGGAGAAGACUAUUUGGUUGAUCAUUCAAUAUUCUUUUAUUUGAUGGACGGCAAUGGAGAGUUCUUGGACGUGUUUGGAAAGAAUAUGACAGUUGAGGAUAUUACAGAUAAGACUAAACAGUAUAUUAAGAAUUACAUAUCCGAUGGUGGCAAUCUUGUGCCAUUAGAAAAGAAGACAAAAUGA